AUGUUGCAGAAUCUAAGACGCUCCUCUCCUGGUGCAGAAGAACGUGUCAUCGUGGGCCUUACAGAGGAGGCAGAUAAGCUAGUGAAGCAGCUCACCGCAGGAGACCAAAGGCGCCGCGUGAUUUCUUUGGUAGGAAUGGGCGGCAUAGGCAAAACCACCCUUGCCAAGAAGGUCUAUAAUCAUGAAAAAAUUGUGGAACACUUUCCAGAUUGUCGUGCCUGGAUUUAUGUAUCCCAAGAUUGUGGACCCAGAGAGGUUUAUAUGCAAAUUAUUAACCAGGUUUCUGCACCAACUAAAGAGCAAGCAGAAAUGAUAGAGAACAACGAUCCUGAUUGCCUUGGAAAUGUUUUUCCCGAUGGGAGUAACGGCAGCAGAUUACUUCUUACAACUCGAUAUAAGGAUGUUGCUUUGCAUGCCGAUGCUCGAACUAUUCCCCAUGAAAUGCGGCUUCUUUCGAAACAACAGAGCUGGGACUUGUUUUGUAGGAAGGCGUUCCUUGAUGCUGAUACCGAGUGCUAUCCUCCAGAUUUGAAGGAACUUGGGGAAGAGAUGGUGGACAAAUGUAAUGGUUUGCCAUUGGCCAUCGUUGUAUUGGGGGGUUUGGUGUCAAGAAAUACGUCACAUACAGAAUGGAAGCAGGUGCACGAUAACAUUAGUGCAUACCUUGCUAAAGAAGGCCAAAUGGGAGUAAAGGCAAUGCUAAACCUGAGCUACAUCGACUUGCCCCAUUACUUGAAACCGUGCUUUCUUCAUUUAAGCCUCUUCCCAGAAGAUUAUGUGAUCUCCUCAAGAAAACUGCUCCUUUUAUGGACUGCUGAGGGUUUUGUGCCAGAACAAGAUGACCGAAGAAUGAAAGACAUGGCUGAGGUUUGCUUGAAUGAGUUAAUCAAUAGAAACUUGAUUCAAGUAGUGAGAAUGAGUGUUAACGCAAGGGUUAUGGAAUGUCGGGUUCAUGACCUUGUACGAGAGUUGGCUAUUGAAAAGGCAAAAGAGCAAAACUUCAUUGGAACUAAUAUCGCAGAUCCUCUAUCCCCCUCCACCAGUUUAUCUCUCUUUUCACCUAAAUCCCGUCGACGAAGUAUUUAUUCCGAAUUUGAGAGGUUAUUCGGUACAAAUAUGGUUGAAAUUCAGUUUUGCCGUCAAAAAGGUGAGCCUGGAACCCCCUCUUACCCUGGAUGA